CAUUCCUGGCUUCCCACUCACUUCCUUAAAUAAAAACAAAACGUUUAAUCAAUGUAAUGAACUUACAUACGAAAAUGAUCCUCAAAAUUCAAGAAAAAAAAAACUGAGAAAAAUUAUCGAACACAGCCAAAACUCUCUUUUAUCAGGUGAAAGAGGAAUAUUUGAAUUUCUGUUAUGUGAUGUAGGUGUUGGGUUAUCCUUAUCUGUUAAUGAAAAGGAUGUAUCCACAUAUAAUAGAGAUGUGCUACCUAUCGAAUAUGACAGUAUCUUUAUUAAAAAACAAAAAGAGGAAUCUCUAGACGAUGCAUUAACAAUUCAUUAUAAAAAUAAAGAAAACGAAAAUCAUAAACAUAAUAAUGAAUAUCAUAACGUUAAUAAUAAUGAAAUAAAUUUAGCCUUAGGAGGAGACAUUAUGGCAACAUAUGGUGUUUUACCAUAUUAUACUUUUCAUCAUGAAUAUAUUAUUUAUGAUAAUUCACAAAUAUUACCACGUUAUUUAAUACAAUUUGAAUGUGAUCCAAAUGAUGAUGAACAUUUUUCUCUUCCUCUUUGUGAUUAUUGUAGUGAUGCACCUGCCAUACUUUAUUGUGAAUCCGAUGAAGUAAAGCUAUGUGAAAAAUGUGAUACUCUUAUCCAUUCACAAAAUAAAAUCGUUAAAAAACAUAUCAGAAAAGCUUUAAACGAAGCACAAAAAAUAUCAGGAAAAUGUAAGAGACACAUGACAAAUGAUGUUAAUAUGUUCUGUACCAUCUGUCAUAUUCCUAUUUGUAAUCUGUGUAUUUCUAGUCAUGCACACACUGAUUUAACAACAAACCAAAACUUUCCUUAUUUAAAAAAUAGCAAUAAUAAUCAAGAUACAAUCAUUUCAUUAAAUAUGGCAUAUAAAGCUAUUCUACAUCAUAGUAAUAACCCAUCCAAUUUUAUUAAACAAAAAAAAAAAAAUUUAAACGAUUUGCUAGCCAAAAUUGACACUUUACAUGAACAAGUCAGGAUAAAUAUGAACGAUACAGAAAAAAGUGUGUAUACGAUAUUAGAGGAUUUAGUAAAACAAUUACAUAUAAUAACAGAUCAGAAAAUGUGUUCCGUAUUAAGUGAAGAAUAUGAGUUGAAAAGACAGUUUAAUGAAAUUAUAUGGAAUGAAUCUUUUUUAUAUUAUUUACAAACUAUAUUACCUCCAGCUGAUUUUAUGAAUGCAUGGUUAAAGCAUUGUCAAUUUAGAGAACAGAUAGAAAAAAAUUCCAAAGUUGUCGAGGAAUUGCAUUCUUUAAUAUUUCCUGAUAUGCGAAUAAAGGGAAAUAUAAAUAUAGUAACAGAGAGUUCAAUGCAUCAUGAUAAAAUAUAUCAUCCCAGUGAUAAAUUAUAG